AUGACAACCGCACAUUCCGAAGCGGGGCAGCCUGACGGCGAGGCUGCUGAGGAAUCCGAAAAGAAGAUGAAGAAGGAGAAGAAAGAGAAGAAGAAGAAGAAGAAGAAGAAGCAAACGGCUGCCGAGGAGGCCGAGCCGGAGGUGCCCGAUGAUACGGGGGCUGUGGCGAAAGCCCACCAGGCUAUCCUAGACAAAAAGGUAAAGGCCAUGAAAACCAUGCACCUCCUCCCGCCCGAAGCGCUCGUGAAGCCGACCGACGUGGGUGCAGAAGCCGGGGAGGAAGGCGGCGAGGAGCCAGCGCGCGCGGAGACGCACGGGCUGCAACCCCUUCCGCAACCAGAGCCCGUAGACUUUGGCGCGACGCAACCGGCCUUCGACGCCCUCCCCUCCUGGAUCUCAGACCCCGUCCGCGUGGAAGAAGGCACGCGGGUAGCCUUUCCCGACCUGGGCAUCCCCGAAAAAGUGGCCCGCGCGCUAAACGGCAAGGGCUACAAGGACGCCUUUGCCGUCCAGACCGCCGUGAUCCCGCUGCUCCUGCCCACGGCCAAGCGCCUGCAGGGUGACGUGCUCGUCUCCGCGGCCACAGGUUCGGGCAAGACGCUGGCCUACGCCAUCCCCAUCGUCCAGGACAUUAGCCAAGGCGUCGUCACUCGGCUGCGCGCCCUCAUCGUCUUGCCUACGAGAGAGCUCGUGAAGCAGGCCAAGGAAGCGUUUGAGGCGUGCGCCGCCGCCUUUGACGGCCAGGGUAGGAAGCGUGUGCGCAUCGGUAUCGCGUACGGUAGCCAGGCCAUCAGGGCGGAGCAACACACCCUCAUUGCAAGAGAAGAGCGUCGCGAGGGCGCCCUGCCGGAUCACGUCCUCGACUUUAGCUCCACCGUCGACGUGCUCAUCUGCACGCCCGGCCGCCUGGUCGACCAUAUUCGGCAGACCCGGGGCUUCUCGCUCGACUACGUGCGCUGGCUCGUUAUCGACGAGGGUGAUAAGCUCCUGGAGCAAAACUACCAAAACUGGAUCCCCGUCGUCAUGGCCGCCCUCAAGCCCGCGACCGGCGCAAAGGUCUUCCUCAGCGCCACACUCACUAGCAAGGGUAGCCUCGCGGCCAUGGCGGAGCUGGAGCUCCAGAGGCCACAGCUCGUCGUCCUCGGCGGUCCCAAGGGCGGCGACGUCCGGGCGGAGCACGUCUUGCCAGAUACCCUGCGCGAGGCGGCCGUCCGCGUCAGGGACGAGAACCUCAAGCCCCUGUUCCUCCACGAACUCCUCAUGAGCUCGCACAUGCGGGCUACUGCCGAAGCCGAACCUACAAACGCACAGCCGCAGUCUGCACCAUCAGCAUCGUCGUCGUCGUCGUCUGGUUCCGACACAUCCGAGUCCGAGUCAGACUCCGACGCCGAUUCCGACUCCGGCUCCGCCACCGCAGCCCGCUCACCCAACCUCUUCCCCACCACCGCCCUCAUCUUCACCAAAUCCAACGAAGCCGCCCUCCGCCUCUCCCGCCUCCUCAUCCUCCUCAACCCCGCCCUCGCCCCGCUCCUCGGCACCCUCACCUCCGCCACCCCGCCCCACCUCCGCCGCCGCACCAUCUCCCUCUUCUCCACCCGCCGCCUCCGCCUCCUCGUCGCCUCCGACCUCGUCGCCCGCGGCAUCGACCUGCCCCGCCUCGACCACGUCGUCAACUACGACUUGCCCCCUCCCUCGAGGCCUACGUCCACCGUGUCGGCCGCGCUGCCCGUGCUGGCCGCGCAGGCUGCGCCUGGACCCUCGGUGCGGAUUGACGCGGAGGGCGCUCCCGAUGGAGAGGUGGGCGAGGAUAGGAUCGCCGCGUACGAGGCUGCUUUGGCGGUGUUGGCAAAGGAGGCAUCGGCUGCAGACCGGAGUGAUGAAGCAAUGUCGAUAGCAUCUUAUUGA